UCUUUAACCCCGCCUUGUUUCCGUAGGAAGAAGCCCUGGUAAAGAUGGCGGCGUCUGCGGUUUGAAUUCCAGCGGCGCCGCCGGGAAUCGGGACGGGAGCUGGGCUGGAGGGGGCGGAGACCUAGGGUUCAGGGCGGGCACGGCGGCGGGUGGUACCGCCACCAUAGACAUCAACGCCACCACCUCCUCUGUGCCCAUGAUGGAUUCGGUGUUGGAAGAGGACGUCACCCUCCGCGGGAUGCUCAGCGACCGCAGUGGCUUUGUACCCAAUAUACCAGAUAACCUGGAUGGUAUUGAUCCCACUGCUGGUUUGGGGAAUGGUGUGCUCCCAAAUGUGUCAGAAGAAAUGGUGUCUCCCACCAGAGCACGGAACAUGAAGGACUUUGAAAAUCAAAUCACUGAAUUAAAGAAAGAAAACUUUAACCUAAAGCUCCGCAUUUAUUUCCUUGAGGAGAGAAUGCAACAGGAAUUUGAUGCCCCCACGGAACACCUCUAUAAAACAAACAUUGAGCUGAAGGUGGAAGUUGAAAGUUUGAAGAGGGAGCUCCAAGAGAGAGAACAGUUGCUCAUCAAAGCCUCCAAAGCAGUUGAGAGCCUUGCUGAAGGUGGGGGCUCUGAAAUCCAGCGAGUAAAAGAGGAUGCUCAGAAGAAGGUGCAGCAGGUCGAAGAUCUCCUAUCCAAAAAAAUAUGUCUUUUAGAAGAGGAUGUGAAAGCCGCCCAAGCAGAACUGGAAAAGGCCUGUGCAGGAACAGAAACGGAGAUGGCUCUUCGGUUGAGCUUGGAAAGCAAGCUUUCAGAGAUGAAGAACAUGCACACGGGGGACUUGGAGAUGGCAUUGGUCCUGGAAGAGAAAGACAGACUGAUUGAGGAGUUGAAGCUGUCUUUGAAGAGCAAAGAAGCUUUAAUUCAGUGCCUUAAAGAGGAGAAAUCUCAGGUGGCAUUUCCUGAUGAGAGUGUGUCAUCUGGAGAGCUCCGAGGACUUUCUGCUGCUCUGAGGGAAGAAAAGGAUCGAGAAACUGAGGUUGCACAAAUGGAGCACCAGAAGGAGAGAAAUCACUCUGAAGAGAAGAUCCAGGCACUUCAGGAGGACCUGAGAGAAAAGGAAAGAGAAAUUGCUACAGAAAAGAAAAAUAGUUUAAAGAGAGAUAAAGCUAUUCAGGGUCUAACUGUGGCAUUAAAGUCAAAGGAAAAAGAGGUUGAAGAGCUUAAGACUGAAAUUGGAAAACUCAAUAUUGCCAUUGCUGAAGCCAAAGAAGUCCCUCAGCGGGUACAGACCCAAAAAUCCCAGGGGUCUGAAGAUCCAGAAGCUGCUCUAUUAGAAAAGACAGCUCUUCUGGCUGAGCUGCAAUCAGAAAACUUCAAUAAGAGUACAGAGAACCACAAGUUGCGAAGGAACAUUAAGAAGGUCACACAGGAGCUGAGUGAUUUGCAGCAGGAGAGGCAGAGACUAGAGAAGGACCUAGAAGUUGCCCAUCGAGAGAAGAGCAAAGGAGAUGCCUCCAUUCAUGACCUUAGAAUUGAAGUUGAGAAAUUACGCAACGAAGUGAAUGAAAGAGAGAAAGUAGUGGAGAAUCGUUACAAGAAUCUUUUGAGUGAAAGUAAUAAAAAAUUGCACAGCCAAGAGCAAAUCAUCAGACGUCUAACAGAAAGUGCCGGUCAAAAGGACGCGUUGCUUCAGAAAUUCAAUGAACAAGAUUUGGAAGCAGUACAGCAGCACCAUUAUUUAAUGACUGCAGAGGAUCUUGGGUUCAGGAGUGAAGACUUAAUAACAGAAAAGUGCUCUUCUCAACAGUCACCAGGCAGCAAAAUCAUCUUUUCUGAGGAAAAGCAGCAAUUAGACUAUGAAGAGCUGAUUCAGGUCUUAAAGAAAGAGCGAGACAUCUAUACCCACCUGGUGAAGUCUCUGCAGGACUCAGACAGUCUCAAGAACCAACAGACUGAGUUAAACAACAUUCUUGCCUUACGGAAGCAACUGGAGAAGGAUGUACUGUCAUAUCAGAAUUUGAAAAAGACCCUGGAAGAGCAGAUCAGUGAAAUUCGGAGACGGGAAGAAGAGCCAUUUUCAUUUUAUAGUGAUCAAACAUCUUAUCUGAGUAUUUGCCUUGAAGAGCACAGUCGACUUGAAGUGGAACAUUUUUCUCAAGAAGAACUUAAGAAAAAGGUCAGUGACCUCAUUCAGCUAGUGAAGGACCUGUAUACAGACAACCAGCAUCUGAAGAAGACCAUUUUUGAUGUCUCUACCAUAGGUUUCUGGGGAGAUAACAGACUUGCAUCUAUACAACAAAAGGAGCUUCUGACUAGCAAGGAGGACGAGGACACAACCGGAAGCAGAGAGGAUGAUAGCAGUUUUCAGAGUGACCAACGUUUGGAACAGGGUAACAAGAUCAAGAAGGACCAUCCCAAGGGGAACUGUAAAAAUGGAUAUUUAAAGCACAUGGAUUCCAAUAUUUCAGAACAUGAUGAACCCAGCUGCCUUGGAGACCAGAAUCUAGAAGAAAGCGAACUCAUGACCUUGCUUGCCCCUUUCUUCAAUGAGAAGGCCACAUUGUUACUGGAAUCCAGGCCUGACCUUCUGAAAGUACUACGUGAACUGCUUCUGGGACGAAUAUGCUUGACUGAGCAGGAUGUUUCUGGAGAACACCUCGAUGGUAAAGCCGAGAAGACGCUUAAGCAAAUAGCUGUUCAGCUGAGAGGUGAACUGGGAUAUUUCAUCCAUACCAACUCAUUUUCUAAGCUACCUGAUGAGCAGAAGUUGCUUUGGGGAACCCAACUACCAAAAGCAGGCGAGGCAUCCAAGGUGGAGCUGAAAGAUGCCUCAGUGCAGACUGUGGCCAUGGCCAGUGACUCGGUCAGAUUCAAACACGACAGCAGGGGAGAGGCUUGGGAUGACAAACCAACAGAUGCCGCUGUCUGUCCUGAGCAUCAGCCGGAGAACUUGUGCAGGAUGCCUGGGCUGCAGGCCACUCCCCUCUCCCCACACAGCAGGACCAGCAGAGAUGCUAAGAAGUCUCGCCUGCCCAUUCUGCUAAAGCCAUCCCAGUCAGCAGGAAGUAUGCAUCGGCUUCCAGCCACCCAGGAGGUGGAGGUCCAGCUGCAGGGGCAGAUCUUAGAGCUGCAAGGGGAUCUGGAAGAGCUUAAAAUUCAUAAUAAACAACUUCAACAAAAAUUAAUUCUGGCUGAAACAAUGAUGGGGGGGAGGCCAACACCAGACAAAACACAACUGAAUGUGCAGCCCCUUGUGAGAACAGCUUACCAGGACAGCCCAGAAGAGCAGAAACGAACUAAAACCACACCCUGUGCCUGGAAAGACAAGGAAGGAGACAAUGGUCAGCAAACAAGCUAUGAGACAGACUUUGAAAUCUACCAGCCUGAUGACCAUGUCAUCUUACCAAGAUGCAAAGAAAAUCUUCACGAUCUUCUUGAGCCAACCUCAGUAGCCACUCAGUUGAGUUCUAAGAGUCAUCUUUCCACCAAAAUCAAUGGGAUUGAGACUGAUCAAUCUGAGAAUAUUGAUACUUCAGAUGAGACAGAAAACUUAAAGCAGAAAAUCUGUGACUUGGAAACCAAGCUUGCAGUCUACCAGAAUGUCCUACUUCAGCUUCAGAAGCAUUCCCAAUUCAGUGAGGCCGUUAUCACAGUUUUGUGUGGGACAGAAGGUGCCCAGGAUGGCUUGAACAAGCCCAAGAGCAACACUGACGAAGAAGAAAUGACCUUUUCAAGUUUGCACCAAGUUCGUUACGUGAAACACACGAAAAUCCUCCAUCCAUUGGCCCCAGACAUGCUUAAUGACCGAAUGUUAGAGAGCCUUAAUCAGCAGUUGUUGGAAAAGGAAAGUGAACUGCAGAAGGAGCAGGAUUUGAAUGUGGAGCUCUUCAGUGAAAUCUGUAACCUGCAGAAUAAGUUCAGAGAUGUCUCACCAUCAAGAUACGAUUCAUUAGUUCAGUCCCAAGCCAGGGAGCUCUCCCUCCAACGACAGCAGAUUAAGGAUAGCCAUGACAUCUGUGUCAUUUAUCGUCAACAUAUGAACAGCGUGAUUAAGACAUUUGAGGAGUUGCUGCAGGCUAGCGACGUGGAUUACUAUGUGGCCAAGGGUUUCCAGGAGCAACUGAAUCAAUGUGCCAAGCUGCUCAAGAAAUUGGAAAAGCUGUUUCUAAAUGGAAAAUCAGUUGAAGUAGAAAUGAGCACCCAGAAUGAACUGAUAGAGAGGGUUGAAGAAGACAACCUAACUUACCAGUAUAUUCUGCCUGAAUCUCCUGGACCCUCAGUCUCUCAUGCUCUGUCUGAUUAUGAAAUAUCUGAAAAGUCAUCCUCCUCACGAGAUCAGAAGCCAGAUGAGACUGAGAAGCCUUCAGCUACAGCCAAUGCUUUUUCUCAAGACGUACUAAUGGAACAUAUACAGGAAAUUCGAAGUUUGAGAAAGCGUUUAGAAGAAUCUAUUAAAACAAAUGAGCAGCUACGAAGACAACUGGAACGGCAAGGGUCUGAAUUUGAUCAAGGUUCUACAAAUAUGUUUGCUUGUGGUUCAGAGCUGCAUAAUUCAUUGACAUCAGAAAUUCACUUCCUGAGGAAUCAAAACAAGGCCCUCAAUAUAAUGUUGGCAAAAGGGUCUAGAGAUAAACAGAAGGAGAAUGAAAAAUUACGAGAGGCCCUCUCCAGGAAGACUGCGAACCUUGAGCACCUUCAACAAGAAUUUGCUUGUAUGAAGGGAGAAAAUGAAAGGCUGCAGAACGAAGUGGGCAAGAAGGAGAAACAUAACCAGCAGCUGCUCCAGGAGCUCUGCCACAGCCAUAGUGAGCUGAGCAGGGUGCAGGAGGAGGUGAAGACGAGGCAGCAGCUGUUGUCACAGAAUGACAAGCUACUCCAGUCCCUCCGAGUGGAGCUGAAGGUAUAUGAGAAGCUGGACGAGGACCACAGGAAACCAAGAGGGGCCAGAACAGAAGCAGCUGGAGAAGGCUGGAGGGGGCAAGACACUUUUGGUGACCUGCACGACCUCCUGACAGAGAUCCAGGCUCUGCGCACACAACUGGAAAAAAGUAUCGAAACCAACAGCACACUGCAGAGCAAGCUGGAGAAGCAGCUGGAGCGAGCAGAGAAAUCUCCAGAAACAGCACUCACUUCUGCUCUCCAAACACUGUCCAUUCCUGAGCGGCCCUUUCGGCUAGACAGAAACGAUGGUGACAACACUCCCAUGCUGAUUGAUAACUCAGAUGAUCUGUUUGAUUCCACCCUGACAGUAUCACCAAGAUCAGCUGCAGGGACACCUCCACUCUCUGAAAAUAACACGGAGACUCUCUCCUGCAACAGUGGCAGCUUGACUGUGCGCACCCUGUGCGUGUCCCGCCCGUGGGCCAGCAAGUGUGGCCGCCACAUCUUGGGCCUGAUUGAGGACUACGAUGCCUUGUGCAAGCAGAUUGGCCAGGGCCAGAGGCUCCUGGAUGAGAUGGACUGUCAGGUUCUAGAGGCUCCCAACCCCAUGAGUCAAGAGCUGGGAACAAAGGGUCCACAUUCGGCCUCGUUGAGCAGGCUUAUUGCCAGUGUGAGUGCAACCAAACUCAUCCUAGAAGAGGCUGCAAGGUUACUGACACUUCUCUGGAGAGUCUCACUCCCGGAUGGCCAGUGCAUGCAUCACUGUGAACAGACUGGAGAAAUGAAAGCAGAAAUCACCAAACUACGUAAGAAGUUGUUUGAACAAGAAAAGAAGUUACAAAACACUGAGAAGCUUUUGCAGCUGAGCAAGCACCAGGAAAAAGUCAUCUUUGAUCAGUUGGUUGUGACCCACAAAAUUCUUCGGAAAGCCAGAGGAAACCUGGAGCUUAGGCCCGGGGUUGCCCAUGCAGGAACAUCCAGUCCCAGCAGACCAGGCUCCUGAGGAAAACUUUCAGCCAAUAAAGCAUGUGCUUCCCCGCUGA